UCGGCCAGGACCGUACAAAGAACUAUUUGGUACUACGUAUAUAGUUCAUGGAUAUAAAAAAAUAUACGAUGUCUCAACGUAGUAUAACGUCAUUUUUCACAAAAGUGAACUCGAUAGAUAAAACUGAAUCAAACAAUGUAAGUAAUAGCAAAACUGGUAAAGAAGAUGAGGACAGUUCAGAAAAUUUCAAACGGAAAAGGCAAGAAAGUGGUGACAGUAGUGAAACUAGUUCUUCUAGUACAAAGAUAGACAAUUCUCUAAAACAGAAGCCAACAUUAAUAUCUCCUUCCCCAUUGAAAAAAGCAAAUGGAACCUCAAAAAAAGUGUCACCUGCAACAACAAUGGGCAAUGAAAAGAAAAAAUCUAAAACUUCAUCUGUGACUAAGAAAAAGAAAAAAACUAACGAUGUAGAAGAAACAAAAAGGGAAGUAAAUGUAAACUUAAAGAUUCAAGAACAAAAAGAAAAUAUAUCAACUUCAAAACAUAAACAGUCAAGUGUUGAAUCUGAAUCUAAAUCUGAAUCUGAUAAAUCUGCUAGUGAAACUAAGGCAAAAAAAACUCAAAAAAAAGCUAAGAAAAGGAAAAGAAUAAUAGCACUUAGUGAUUCCAGUGAUGAAGAAGAACGUAUUCCAUUGCCAGAGAGUCCAAAAAAAUUAAACAUCAGUGAAAAAGAAAAAGAAGAAGAAGAAGAAAGUCCUUUUAAAGGAAAAGAAAAAUCUGAUGAGGAAGUUUCUGAAAGUAUAACAGAUACUGCAAAAGAGGAUAAAAAAGAACAAAUCAAUGUAGAAAAGCCUGCUAAGAAAAUACAUAGUUUUUUCGCUUCAAAACAGAAAGAAAACACGGUCAAUAAUAGCGAAGAUAAGAAAAAAUCGGCUAGUCAUUCCUAUAAUCCUAGUAAGUCGAAAUAUGAUCCUAUAGAGGAUGCAUUUUGGAAAAAGGGUGAAAAGGUACCGUACAUUGCGCUUACACGUACACUGGAAUUAAUCGAAGAGACAAGUGCUCGAUUGAAGAUGAUAGAAAUUUUAUCGAAUUAUUUUCGUUCUGUUAUACUUCUAAAUUCUGAUGAUUUACUUCCUAGUAUAUAUUUAUGUCUUAAUCAACUAGCACCUGCUUACGAAGGAAUUGAAUUGGGUGUGGCGGAAACAAACCUUAUGAAAGCUAUAGCUCAAUGUACUGGUAGAAGUUUAGCUCAAAUAAAAGCAGAUGUUCAAGAAGUUGGCGAUUUAGGUAUUGUGGCAGAAGGAAGUCGUUCCAAUCAAAGGACGAUGUUUCAACCUGCUCCGCUAACAGUAACAAGCGUGUACUCUAGACUGAAGGAAAUCGCUCAAAUGACUGGUUCUGCGUCUUUGUCCAAAAAAUUAGAUAAAAUCCAGUCACUUUUUGUAGCCUGUCGAUUUACGGAAGCCAGAUAUCUCAUACGAUCUUUAGGUGGUAAACUUCGAAUUGGUCUAGCGGAACAAUCUGUAUUGCAAGCUCUGGCGUUAGCAUGCACUAUGACUCCACCAGAACAGAGCUCUCCAAGAAUUCUCGAUGCGAGUAAAAAAAUUUCAAGCGAUACCUUUAAAGAAAAAUACGACGAGAAUGCUCUUAAUAUAAAAACAACAUACUGUGAGUGUCCAAAUUAUGAUAAAAUAAUUCCUGUUUUACUAAAGGAUGGAGUUAAAGAGUUACCGAAUAAAUGUAAAAUUACACCUGGAAUACCUAUGAAACCCAUGUUGGCACAUCCUACUAAAGGUAUCCAAGAAGUAUUAACACGUUUUGAAGGGUUAGAGUUUACAUGCGAGUGGAAAUAUGAUGGAGAAAGAGCACAGAUCCAUCUUGCCGAGGAUGGUAAAAUUAGUAUUUACAGUAGGAAUCAAGAAAAUAAUACUAGCAAAUAUCCCGAUAUUAUAGGACGAUUUAAAAGUACACAAGGGGAAGAAGUUAAAAGUUGUAUUCUUGACUGCGAAGCAGUUGCUUGGGAUACCGAAAAGAAGCAAAUUCUUCCUUUCCAAAUACUUAGUACGAGGAAACGCAAGGAUGCAAAUGAGGCAGAUAUUAAAGUCCAAGUGUGUGUAUUUAUGUUUGAUUUGUUAUAUUUAAAUGGAGAAUCAUUAGUACAAAAACCUUUCGAAAAACGUCGUGAAUUACUAAAAGAGAAUUUCAAAGAAGUAAAUGGAGAAUGGAAAUACGCAACAAGUUUAGAUACAUCGACUAUGGAACAAGUGCAAGUCUUCUUAGACGAAUCAAUUAAAGGUAACUGUGAGGGUCUUAUGGUGAAGACUUUAAAAGAAGAAGCAACGUACGAGAUUGCUAAGCGUUCACGAAAUUGGCUGAAAUUGAAAAAAGAUUAUUUAGAUGGUGUGGGUGACACGUUAGACGUAGUUGUCAUUGGUGGAUAUAUAGGAAAAGGGAAAAGGACAGGAACUUACGGCGGAUUUCUUUUGGCUUGUUACGAUCAAGAGAAUGAGGAAUAUCAAAGUAUUUGUAAGAUCGGUACCGGGUUUAGCGACGAAGAUCUUCAGAAGCACACCGAAUUCUUUAAAGAGCAUUUAAUAUCGCAAACCAAAUCGUACUAUCGUUACGAUUCAUCUCUCGAACCUGAUCACUGGUUUGAACCCAUUCAAGUAUGGGAAAUUAAAUGCGCAGAUUUAUCGUUGUCACCUAUUCAUAAAGCAGCUGUAGGUAUUAUUGAUCCAGAAAAGGGCAUAUCUUUGCGAUUUCCCCGGUUUGUUCGUAUACGUGACGAUAAAAACAGCGAGGAUGCUACAAACGCGCAACAAGUUGCAACAAUGUACAACAGUCAAGAACAGAUCAAGAAUCAAACGACAGUUUCAAAAGGGACAGAAGAUUUUUAUUAA